AUGGCGAGCGCGACGACGUGCGCGGCGAGCGGCGGCGGCGGGGCGACGUUGGAGUUCCGAGCGGUGCGCGGCGGCGGGGCGUACGCGGUGUGCGGGGCGAGGGAAGCGCGGGCGUUGGGAUGGACGCCGACGAUGGUGUCGAGAGAUUGGGAGCGCGCGCUGACGCGCGUGCGGGAGGCGGCGACGAGGACGAGGGAGGCGUUCGCGGCGGCGUUCGUCGGGCCGAAGGGCGUGGGGAAGAGCACGCUCGCUCGGCACGCGGCGAACGUGAUUUUGCGCGAACGAGGGGUGUGUGGGUGGUUGGAUUUGGAUUGUGGACAGCCCGAGUUGACGGCGCCCGGGAUGGUGUCGCUGACGAUUUUACGCGCGCCGUUGCUCGGGCCGCCGCAGACGCAUCAGGCGAGCGGCGCGGAAUUCGAGGGCGCUCCGAGCGCGCCGCUGUACGCGAGCUUCGUCGGCGACGUGAGCCCGCAGGGCGAUCCAGACGCGUACGUCGAAGGGGCACUCGCGUGCGUCGACGCGUGGGCGGCGCUGGGUGAAGACAAACCGGCGCUCGUGGUGAACGCGAGCGGUUGGGUGAAGGGACUCGGAUUGGAGCUCGCGGAGGAAAUUCUGCGCGCCGUCGGUCGAAGCACGGAAUCGUGUUACGUGAUUAACAUAAAUUCGCACGUCGCGAGUAGGAACGUGCCCGACGAUGUGUACUGGUUUCACGACGCAAACGUUCCGGAGACUUCGAACCCGCGAGUGACGACGUACGAAGUCGCCGCCGGUUUCGGGACGGCGCCAAAGGGCGCCGACGCGGAGACAGAGGAGACGAGCGUAGAAACGUACGAAAACAUCGCGAACGAUGCGUCUCCGGGCGGGACGAAGUCGAAAGACACGAAAAGGUCACCCAGCGAUUCGCGCGCGUUGUCCUGGCUCGCUUGGUCUCGACAAACAGUGGCGAUGUGCAACGAGCGACCUCACGAAGGCGCUCUCGAACUGGACGAUUUGGGCGAAAACGAAGCGUUCGCGGCGACGGCUUUCGACUUGACGACGGCGACACCGUGGCGCGUGUCGUUUGACGACAUCACUUUGCACGUAUUGCAAAGCGAUUUGGAUGCGCGCGAGGCGCUGAUGGCGCUCAACGGUGCGGUCGUCGGACUGUUGAAAUCCGCCGCACCUGGACGCUAUUGCGCUGAAUGCGUCGGCGUCGGCGUCGUGAGAGGAAUCGAUGUUGACAACCGCUACGUUUACAUCCUCACGCCGGUAUCGAGUGAAAAACUUAAAUCGGUAACGACCCUCGCGCUCGGAACAUUAGAAUUUCCGCCGCGUCUGCUCGGACAUGCCGGAGAAUAUCCGUACAUGCAAGUGGGAGCGAUAGCGAACGAGGGCAGCGGUAGCAAAGCGAUCAAGAGUCGAAACAACAUCCUUCGUCAAAACACCGCGCCGACGAGGCGUUGA